AAUAAAGGAACUGUCCUACUGGGAUACAUAUAUAUAUUUUAUCUGUGAUAUUAUUUCGGGAUACAGUACGACAUGACUAACACGGACGUAGCGGGGCUUCCGCUUGGUGCGCCACCUAUCAACAACGCAUGUCUGCCGACACUCUUCAACAAACUUGACGCAAAUGUUAGAGAACGGAAUCGCGUCAGAAACUCGUUUCUCGACCACAGUCUUCGAUUUCAGCAGAAAAUAAUCGACAAAUAUCAUAUGCAGGCGAUGCGUUUUUAUGUCCGAGAAAAAAACAAUCUUGGAAAGGACAUCAAAAGGAUUAUUAAGAAAACUCCUAACCUAGAAGAUAUCCCGUAUUUGGAGGCAAAUGCUCUAAAAGGAAAUUUCCAAAGGAAGGAAGACAUCAGUGUGCCAUAUAAGGGAUACUGUACGGAGCCGAAAGAAUUUAAUACAAUUCAAACUGCCACAGAAUCAAAACCAUUUUGUGUCCGAUAUUUUUGCCACCAUUUCCCGAAGAAACCGAAAUUUAUGCGUAACCGGAAGUUGCCACCAUUAAAAUCGGUCGAUGACAGCUUCCGACAAACGACUUCAAAAGGACUGUUAUUAUCACAACGAUUUAGUGCGAGUGACCACUUCCUGGCUUCCGGUAACACGAGGCACAGUCAGCUGAACUCUGAUUCAUCGCUGGGGUCACAGAGGUCAAUAUUGAGUGUCGAGGACGAUGCUAUGACUAUAUAGAUAUUCAAUGUAUAGGAUCCGGGAAAUAUUGCUUGAAAGCAUGAAACGAAGGAACUUUAUAUAUCACGUAUAAUUUAUGUUAUCAAUUAUUCGUGACGAUUUUUAU